AUGUUAUUAUCAAAAUAAAACUAUGAUGAUUUUUAAUAAUACAACAUUCAUAAAACAAUCAAAUAAGAAUAGUUCUAAAUAAAGUAGAUGAAAUAAGAAGUCAUGAAAUCUUCUCUUGAAGAAUAAAGAUAAAUAUAAGAGGAAAUGAAAAGAAGAAAUUAAGAAUUAUAAUAAAAAGAAGAUAAUUAUGAAAUUUAGAGAAUAUAAACUUUGAAUAAGGAAUUAGCAGAUUAAUAGAAAUAAAAAAAACUUUAAACAAAAGAAUCCUUAUCAAAAAAAUAUACAGAAAUAAUAGAUUAAAGGAAUUCGAUUCUAAAUUAAAAGGUAAAAAAAAGAUUAAUAAUUUUUUUUAGAGAAAUGAAGAUUUAAAUAUUGAAAACUAAAUUAUUGAUAGUGCUUAAAAAGCUCUUUAAGAAGAGAGAUAAAAUUAAUUAUAAAAGAAACUUCUGUAAAGAUAAAUUUAUGAUGAAUAAAUGAAACUUGUUGAAGAAAAGAAAUAAAGAGAAAGAUUAAAUAGAGAUUAAGAAAGAGUAUUAUUUUAGGAAUAUGCAAUAAAAGAUUAAUAAAGAAUAAUUUAAUAAGAAGAAGAUUAUAAAAAAGUAUUUUUUUUUUAAAUUAAUUAGUAUUAUCAAAGAUUAGCAGAAAGAAAUGAACAUUUGUAGGAUAUUUAUAGAAAAAAUGUAGAUGAUCCUAAAUCAUCCUUAGACUAUAUAAUAAAUAAAUAAGUUAAAGAAAAGAUGGAAAGAGAAUAAGAAGAAAUAAAUACAAAAAGAUAGUAUGACAAAAAUGUAAAAGAUCAAUAUUUAAAUACAUUAUCGUAAUAAUUAAAGGAAAAAGAAUAAAGAAGAAAAGAUUAUGAUAUAUUGGCUACUUAAAAUAAAUAAGAAAUUCGAAGAGCAGCAGAAAGUUUUAAUGAUGAAUAAUAAUAAGAAAAGAAGAAAAAACGGGAAUUCUAAUCAUAAUACUAUGAUUAAUUAGCAAAUUUGGUAAAAAAAUAUAUUUAAUUAAGUCAACUUAAGGAAAUGGCUAAAUUCAAUAAGAUAAAUAAAUAGAAAAUUUAGGUUUAUCUUAAUCUUAAGUUUACAAUCCCCUGACGAAUCCAAAUCCAAAUCAGAUUUAGAAUCCAUAUAUUUUAAGAUAGCUUGGAAUAAAUAAAUCUAAUCAUAUCCAAUCACCUCAUUAAAGUUAAUCUAAAUUAGCUUAAUUAGGAUAGAGUAGUCUAUUUAAAUGAGGUUUAUGUUUAAGCG